AUGCACUUGAAGGAACUUUUAAUAAUAUGUUCAGAACACUGCCCCCAGGAUCGUUAAUCGGUCUCGCAAACUUUGUGAGGACAUCAUUUUUUGGACCUUCACUGGCUUCCUGUUAGUUAUCAUGUUGUUUUUAAACUUAUAUUUUGUCAGUUUUCAAAUCAAUUAAUAACCUUCCACCUAGCUAUCUAGCGGACAGACUUAGUUAUCAAAGGCCUUCCAGGAACUUGUGGUCCACAUCUCAGCAGCUGUUAGAACCUCGAAAACUCACGGGGACAUGA